AUUGAUGCGCUAUUUCCUUCCUCAUGCUGCUUGCUGCUUGCGUCUCAAAUCUGGCGUCACUAACGCUACCUAUGCUGCGACAUUACACAAAUUUCGAGCGAAGCAAACAAUAACAGAAGCUUUUGACUUGCAAAUUUUCCAGAAGACGCGAUCUUUCUGGAGUGGUUCAUGACGCGGUAACAAUAAAUGAGACGAGAAGCAGCUGUUAUAACGUACAAGAAGCAUCUACACGAUCUUUCACAGAGAGACGUUACUACGCUCGAUCGUGACGUAAGACGAUUGUAGGUUAGCGUCCAACAAGGGAAAUUUGUUGUCAUUACCGUCACAUUGGUCUUCGUUGUCAAUUGAAUCACCGAGUUUAAAGCACAGAGUCACCUUCGUGACUGCCGUGAAGAAAAAGCAGACGUCAUAUUAAUACAUGUGUCAUUUCUCGAGAUAGUCAAUACCCUGGAGUCGCGAAACUCGCAUCCCAAACAGAGUGCACUCCCGGAGCCGAGUACAUCUCAAAUGACAAAUACUAUGGGUGGAGCACACUUGUGUACGUCGCAGUCCAUCUUCCAACAGAUGAUGAACCCGCAAAAUGCACAGCAGCCACAACAGGUUGAACCUUGGCUGCAAACAUUGCAGAUACCAUGUCCAACGAUAUCCAUCCCUUGGAGUGUAUCGAGCUCGCAACAACCGGAAUUGAUUACCUUUACUGGCAGACCCAAUUACAAACCGGUAUUUCAUCACAAAAGAAAACUAGAAACGGAAUUUGGAGAUACGUGUCUUCAAGCAAAGCAAUUCAUAACGGAGGAAAAAAUGGCUGCACACUUCAAAGAUCUGCGCAUUAGUUCCAGUCAUGAGUCUGAGAAUCCAGUGCCAUCAACUUCCACAGGUACAUCGUCCCUGCCUCAUAAGCAAUCAAAUAUGGAUUUCGAUGUUGCAGUAACUGGCGAACAAACAGACGAAACACAUCCGAGAUUAGUUAUUUCAGAGGAACUGAAGCGAAUGCAACAGGAACCUAUUCUGCCAUCAGCUAUUCUGUCCAAAUUAGAGAGACCUUCAAUGGCUUUGGUUCUUUGGGAACCACCGAAUAAACAUCUUCGCGUUCUGCCAUCAAGAGAUACUCCGACGCCCAUCCCGAGCAUAUCUAUUGACAAUAAUAGUAACAAUAAUAAUAACAGCGACGCUAUUCCCGAUUUAAAUAACGUAUCACCCAGUGCCCCGUCAGUGUUCGAGCCAAUGGAAUUAUGAAAAUCUCUGGUUAGUACAGCCAUUUUAUCUUUGCAUAUAUCGAGAAUGAAAAAAUAUAUAUUGUAUGUUUCACUGAGAAGAGGGGGAUGUUUUAAUAAUCUGCAAAAUGUGAAGUAGAUUAGAAUAAAGAAUGAAAUAUGCUUCAUAUUUUUUAUUGUAUAAUAAUCAUUAAGAUAAUACAUUUUCGUAUAUUAUUUUCGUUUCAUAAUCUUCGAUGUCUCCAAUUUGCUUUGUCCUAAUUUUGCAAAAAUCAUAAUCUAUUGUUUGUAUAUUCUAUAUGUAUUAUGUGUUAUAAAUUGUACUAUCUUUUAUUAUAUGAUUUCAUAAUCACAUGAAUUAUAUAUCGAGAAGUAAAAAAAAGGCAUUUAUCUAUAGUAUUUUUGAUUUGUUAUUCUUUUUUUGUAUUUAAUCUCCAUAAAACUAUGUAAAACUUAUAUUACUAAUGAUAUCUUUUCACUUUAUAUUCCGCGUGGUACAAGGUUGAGUGAGUAAAUAUUAAUAGACGAGGUAAUAACAUAUAAUGAGUGUUUAUUGUGAAUGAUUGAAUACAUGUAUGCUAGUUUUGCAUUAAAAUGCGAUUAUGAUACAACGAAACUAUGUUUAGAAUUCUUAUAUCAUUAUAAACUCAUUCCCAGAUACAUGCUUUAUUUUUGCAAUCGUUUAUAAAACAAAAAAAAUGUUUAUAUAAUGUAAUCAGUUAAUUUAAAAAAAAUUGAUCUUUUUUGUCUACACUAAUGAUUCGUCCAGUAGAUCUUGCUUCUUCUUCGCUGUAAUUUAGCCCGUAAUUAACAUUUUUAUUUCUAAUAGACAUACAAAGAAUAAAGACGUCUAAAAAAUGUGCACUAA